AUGUCUACGACUACCACCACCACAUCUCCCGCCACCCCUGUCUCACAAUCGUCCAAGGCUGUGGCCCCAGCUGCCGCACCCCGCUCGGCCCUGAACACGACAUCCGAACCUUCAUCUGGGCGCCGGCGGCUACACUACAUUCCGACGCCAGCGACCAAAGAGGAAGAACGAAGAUGGCAGCUCGAGCAUAUGGCCGGAGCGUUUCGAGUCUUCGCCAAACUCGGAUAUGCAGAUGGUUCAAGCGGACAUAUUAGUCUUCGAGACCCUGUUGACCCGAACACCUUCUGGAUCAACCCCUAUGGAGUACAUUUCGGCAUGCUGAAGGUGUCCGACAUGGUGCAGGUCGACGAGGACGGCAACCAAGUGGGCGGCAACAACCAGCCCGUCAACACUGCCGGGUUUAUCAUUCACAGCCAGAUCCACAAGGCGCGUCCGGACAUCAAUGCGGCAUGUCACAUGCAUAGUCCGUACGGUCGAGCUUGGUCGACGUUCGGCAAGCCCAUCGAGAUGUUGAAUCAAGACUCAUGCAUGUUCUACAACGAUUUGGCCGUCUACGCCGGGUUCGGAGGCGUGGUCUUUGCCAAGGAGGAGGGAGCGCACAUUGCCGCCGCCCUGGGGCCGACCAACAAGAACAUCAUCCUGCAGAACCACGGCCUGUUAACGGCUGGGGGCACGGUCGAUGAAGCCGCGGCUUUCUUCAUUGCCCUGGAACGGGCGUGCCAGAACCAAGUCAUCGUGACCAACAUGGUCGCGUCGAACCACGUCACAAAGACCUAUGUCGGCAAGGAGGAGGCCGAGUACACCAAGAAGCAGACCGGCUCUCCCGAGGUCAUGUACAUGCAGUUCAAGCCCGAGUACGAGUUGAUCUUGAAGGAGACUGGCGGCGACUUUCUCGAUUGA